AAUCUUAAACCCAGACAUAAACAACCUAUAAAAUAAACAAAAAAAGACUCUGAUUACGUGACCGAUAAAUUAUCUUAUUCUUGUCAAAAAAAGAAAAUUAUCUUAUCAAUCGAGAAAGAAUCCACCUCUGUACUCUGCACCCUCUCGAUUCCCACUUCCCAGAAUCUCACCUUCAAAAAAGAAAAGAAAAUCCCUCAUGGCCGAGAAUUCGAUUCUGGGUAGUUUUUAUCUGAAUCUUCUUCUCAUUCUCGUAUUUAAAUAUCUUCGUACUCAAUGUUCAUCGUACGAGGUGGAAAGUGGUAGUCCGUACAACUCGUUCACUGUUUCCAGCUUCAGUUACUCCAAAACCCAGCUCAAACCCUUCGAGUGGCGUUAUAUCAGAGUUGAUUUGCCACCAUGGUUCUCUUCAAUGUCUGUAGCCUUGGAGUCAGAUGUAGAACUUAAUCCUGACAGCAUUAAAGAUGUUCCGACAAGCAGGCUGCCGAUGAUAUGCCUACGAGAAGGCAGCCCACCACUACCAGAUGCUUAUAACUCUUCUUUGACAGGUUUAGUUUUUAAUCCUUUAUCAAAUGGAUCAAUUGGAGACAUACAAGGGUUUCAGAAUGCAGAGCUGUGCUAUCCCAUGCAGAAAAACGUAUCUUUGAAACUGACGAAUGAGCAGAUCUCUCCAGGAAUCUGGUAUUGGGGUCUAUUUAAUGGCAUUGGACCUACGAGGACGCAAUCAAAGAUGAUUAAUAGAGGCCCAGCUUACUCUUUCAGGGGCAACAUAAGUGUGGAAGGAUGCAAAUCCCCAUUGGUGUAUGGCCAAUAUUGCAACCAAACGGUUGACCCACUUUCAUGCGUUUAUAGCUACAAUAUAACAGAAAAUCGUACGGAUCCUACUUUGUACAGCCAAACAGCAGAAAAUGUGGUCUCUUGCAUCAAUUCCAAUUUGAAUUUUUGCCACCGAAUAAGAGAACCAAAGAUUUACUACUUGGAUGUACUGGGAAUAUCAGAACAAUUAACUAUUAUGGCUUCAAAUGUGAGAUUCAUUGAGUCAGGUUUUUCCAAUGGCGCUGCUGAAAAUGGUACUGGAAUUAUGUUGAUGUGUUAUGCACGCCAUGGUACAUUACCACUGGCCAAUUUGCAUGAUGUUUCUGCCAAUAUCAGUGAAGCCCCGUUGGUUAUACGCUCACCAAAAGUUGGUCGCUGGUAUAUUGGAAUUCAUCUUGUUGGUAUGUCGACCAAAAUUGGAGGGCUUAAUGACUUGAAUGGAAAUGUAUGCUAUUCUUUGGAUUUGCAAGUGCUUCAGUGUCCUGAGGAGAAAGCUGGAUUGAACUGUAAAUGGGAAAAAUACCUGCUGCAGACAGUUCUCAGGAAGAAUCCAUCAGUCCCUUUCGAAUCUUAUUAUAUACCAAUAAGCAGCAGGGUAUCGUCAAACUUAGCUAAUUUCCCUUUGGAGCCCCUUUUAAGCAACUCCUCAUAUGAAGGAACUCUAAACGUCACUUGGACCUAUUUUCUUCUGGACAUUCCUGAUGGUGCUGCUGGAGGAAAUCUCCACAUCCGCUUAAAUUCAGAUGCAAAAAUAAAUUAUGAAAUAUAUGCCAGAUACGGUGGAUUGCCAUUGUUUGAUAGCUGGGACUACUUCUAUGCAAACACAAAAAGCAGCAGCAAUGGAUCGAUUUUUUUUAAGCUGUAUGAUUCAGAUGACAAAAUGGUUAGUUUCUACAUCUUGUAUGUUAGAGGUGGGACCUGGGGUUUCGGAUUAAGACAACUAAACGUGAAUGAUAGUGCUUCGAAAAUUCAAACUACUAUGUCUAUUUCGCUAGAGAGAUGCCCAAGGAGAUGCUCUUCUCAUGGGACGUGUCAGUCUGUUCUGGAUGCAAGUGGAUUAACAUUAUACAGUUACUGCUCUUGUGAUCGAGACCAUGGAGGCGUUGAUUGUAGUGUUGAAAUUGUGUCUCAUCAAGGACAUGUCUGGCAAUCAAUCUCUCUUAUUGCUUCAAAUGCUGCAGCUGUACUUCCUGCUUAUUGGUGCCUUCGCCAGAAGGCAUUUGCAGAAUGGGUGCUUUUCAUGUCUAGUGGCAUUUCUAGUGGAUUAUAUCAUGCAUGUGAUGUAGGCACCUGGUGCCCAUUGUCUUUUCAUGUGUUGCAGUUUAUGGAUUUUUGGCUCUCUUUCAUGGCGGUGGUGAGCACUUUUGUGUACCUAGCUGAUAUUAGUGAAGCUUCUAGGAGGACAAUUCACACAGUGGUAGCAAUUAUUACUGCCCUAAUGGCCGAAACUGGACCGACCAGGUAUUGGUUCACAUACCUUCAUGUUUAUAUGAAUGUUAAGUGGCGGGCUUUAACCACACUAAUUUUUUGCAGGUCCACCAAUAUUGCCCUUGUAAUAGCAAUUGGGGCUUUAGGUCUUCUUAUUGCAUGGUUGAUUGAGUUCUGUACGAAAUUUAGGUCUCUUUCCUUUUCGAUGGAACUCCGUCUGAAUAUUCAUGACAGGUGGCAAGCGGUUAAAACAUGGCUCCGGAAUCUCAUCAAAAUGCUUCUAAAACGUUUCCGCUGGGGAUUUGUAAUAGCAGGAUUCACUGUCUUAGCAAUGGCUGCAAUUAGCUGGACACUUGAAUCCAGUGAAAACUAUUGGGUUUGGCACAGCCUGUGGCAUGUCAGCAUAUACACUUCCUCUUUCCUCUUCCUCUGUUCGAAAGCAAUUACUCUGGAUGGUGAGACUCAACAACCUCUGGAUGGGAACUAUGCUUUAACUCGGCAGGAUUCUUUUUCAAGACCGGGAAUAGAAAGAUAAAAGUCGGAUUUCCUCAGCAUAAGCCUUGAGGGAAGAUGAGUUUUUGUCAUGGUCUACCAAUUAAUACCCUUAUCACUUCAUCAACCGAAACAGUUAGAUAUAAGAUCUUCUUACUGCAUGGUUUGGUUUUAGGAAAUGGAUAAUCUUCCACAAAAAUUGUAUUUAGCAUUAUACAUCUUCAGAUACAGCAAAUAGCUGAGGGAAGGGGCAAAAUAGAAAAUACUAUAGGUAUUCAACCUUCCUCACCCCCGCCCCACCAAAAAAAAUAAAAUCAGGGUUUUGAGAGGGUAAGACCAAAAAUGAUAAAGAUGAGGUUGUUGUAGUGUUGUAAACUCUCCAAUAUUGUCCCUAGUCUUGUAUUAUUCUUUUUCAUCAUCUGUAAUAAGUUUUAAUAUGUAAGCUCCAAAAAACCGAGCUCCUUUGUGUUGGCAAUUUCAUUCACAGAACACACAUUUUCCUGUAUCUCGUUAUUGAGUUACAGUAGUAUAUUUUAUUUUACAUAUCUUUUUAGAGAGUUUGUA